AUUAAAGAGCACCCUAAAAUCUCUAACGAAACAUAAAACAGAUAGAUAUUCACUAGUUUGACAAUGGGAGGCGGUGGAAAAGGAGGUGGGGGCGGCGGCGGAAAAGGAGGUGGAGGCGGCGGAGGAGGAGGGGGUAAAGGUGGGGGUUCUGGUGGAGGCGGUUGCAAGGGCGGCGGAGGCACUUCUGGUGGAGGAGCCAAAGGUGGUGGUGGUGGUGGAGGCGGCGGCGGCAGUGGCAUCUCCUCCAAGGGGAGUGGCGGAGGUGAGCGUGGGCCCGGAAUGAUGGUUGCUCCCGGCGGAGGAGGAGAGCAAAUUCCCAGGGAUGCUUUUGAAAGUAACCCUAAGGCCUACUUUGCUGGUCUGCAUCAUGCCGGUCAGAAGGAAGGGUAAUUAAGAAGAAGAAGAAAAAAUAAUAAUAAUAUUAAUAAAGUUUGUGGUCUUGUUAGU